AACUGAAAUUAUAAUCAAUAAUGUGACUGUCAAGGAAAAAAAUUUACAUAAAACUACUGACAGUACAAUAAAGAAGAAAAUUCCAAAUAAUAAAGAAGGUGACAAUAACAAUGGUGAUGUAAAUAUGGAUGCAUCAAGUACAAGCAAUGCUGAAUUGCUAAACUCUAUCGAGAAUACUGCUUCAACUAGCAGAACAUUUCCAAAACAUUUGUUUGAUGACUUUGAAGAUUUAGGAGUUUUGUCCCCGGGAAGCAAUUUUUACCCAGAUGUGGAUUCACAGCCAAGUGAAACUUUAAAUGAUGCAAAUAAACCUGUAGAAAAAACUCUCAAGGAAUUAUUACCACAAUUAGAGAAAGUAUCAAUGUUGACUAGAUUAGAUAAGGAUCUGGAUGAAAUGUUGCUUACCAGACAUGCUUCUUUUGAUCAAGGCUACGCAUCGGUUCCUGACUCUCCCUGUUACACCAUGUGUGAUGAAGACUAUGCUGAAACUGAAAUUAACAAUUCUGUGGAAUUAUUGUUAAACAAACUCCCUAAUAGAUUGUCAGUUGAAAGUGGUGAUGAAGGUUUUAGUGAUAUGGUUUCUCACCAUUCUAGUGGCAUUGAAAUUAGUUCAUUGUCUGAUAAAACUCCGAUAUCUUCUACUCCUUUGAAGGCGGCAUUUCUCAAAAAAACUAAGGAGGCUCAAUGCCCUUUAUCACCAAUUAUCAAAAAAAUAUCAUCAAGAAAUAGUACAUUUUUUGAACGACCGAAAUCAUUGAAGGAGAAGUAUUGCCGUCCUGAUUCUGCCACAGAUAAUAGAAUACAGCAGUGGAGAGAUAGGAUUACUUCAAAAUUAGAAUUUGAGCAAAGCAAUAUUUAUGAACUUAAAGAAUAUAAAAAGUUUAUAUUGCACUGGCUUACUAAAAUGAAUGGCAAAGAGUGCUCUUUGGGAGAUAUUAUUGCUUUCAAUCCCGAUGUUGGAAAUGGUCGCUUCCUUCUUGCUACAUUGCAACUGAUAAAUGAAAAAAAAAUAAUAUUGAACAAAUUGAAUUUAUUUGAAUUUGAUGAUCCCAGGAAUAUAAGUUUGAGGCUUAAUAAAAGCGGUUCAAAUAAACCAGCUGAUUCUUCAGGUAUUUUUAGAAUUAGUACCAAGUAAUAAAAAGCUUAGUUUUAAUACAUAUGUAAGUACAAAACAUUAGAACUAAUCAAAGAUAACUUUUGAAAGGU